UAAAAUCAACUAACUUCACAUUAUACGUGAAACGUCAAGUGUCAAAAUAGAGUUAUUUGUGAGUUUAUUGUGAGGAAAAUCGCCUAGGCAAUAUUUUAACGUGUCAAUACCUGUAUUACAGGCAAGGUGGUUACUUAAACAUGUUUAAUUAGAAUUAAUGAACGCGAUUCUAUUGGAACGCGUCAAAGUUCGCGGUUGUGUAUCAAGAUCGAUGCCCGAUGUUCGUUUACCAAAUUUCGUACGGCAGAAAUCGUUUAAAUUUGCGCUAGGAAUACACACUGAGACAGUCGGUUUUCUAAGCGCUCGUUAGAAUGUAAAGGCAACGAAACAGUGAACGGAUUAAUUCGCUGAAUUAAGUUCAAUUGGAAGAGUUCAUGUUCGAUCUCAAAUUUAAGAAAAAUAAUCUAAGAAAAUGACGACCAUCACCAUGGAAGAGUACGAGCUUAUGAAAGAUUCGAAAUAUAGGAUGUAUGUUGCAGCUGUUGAUAAAGCACUGAAAACUUUUGAAUUGUCUUCGGAAUGGGCCGAUUUAAUUGCCGCACUUGGUAAAUUAAAUAAGGUUUUGUUAAGUUAUACAAAAUUUCCCGUAAUUCCUCGUCGGAUUAAAAUCAGCAAACGUUUAGCACAAUGUAUGCAUCCGGCGUUACCUUCUGGAGUUCAUCUGAAAGCUUUAGAAACUUACGACAUCAUCUUCAAAUCUAUGGGAACCAACAGAUUAUCUUUGGAACUUUUCAUUUACAGUGCAGGUUUAUUUCCAUUACUAGGCCAUGCAGCGAUGAAUAUAAGACCGUCACUUUUAAACGUUUAUGAUACACAUUUUGUUCCAUUGAGAGAACGAUUACGACCUGCUUUAAGCGGAUUUCUAAGCGGCGUUUUACCCGGUUUAGAAACUGGGUCCGAUUAUUUCGACAGAACAAAUACAUUACUAGAAAACGUAUGUGAAGGAGUUGGUCCAUCAUGGUUCUACACAUGUAUUUGGCAAUGCGUAAAAAGUAACAGUCCGGUAAGAUUACCAGCAAUAAGCUACGUUCUUUCACAUUAUAGUCGUAAAGUUUCAAUGGAAGAUCAGUUAUAUUUAAUGGGAAAUGAUAUAGAUGUUAUGGUUUCCGGACUAUGUGCUGCCGUUUAUGAUUCAAGUAUUCUCGUUCAAAGAUCGGCUUUAGAUCUUUUAAUGGUGUGCUUCCCAAUGAAUAACACUCAAUUACUUUAUGCCGACAUGGUUCGUUUGGUUAUGGCUGCGUUAACAACGAUUUUACGAAGAGAUAUGUCCUUAAAUCGGCGAUUGUACUCUUGGUUAUUAUGUGCGGAUGUAAACGCACAUAUGAGUAUAAUAGAUACGGAAGAAACGGAAAUAAGCGAAACGCAAAAUAACUCGAUUGCUUAUGAUCUUAUGUUGGAAGCUUUAAAAAUUAUUUUAAAAGAAAAAAGCACCGAACAGAGCAUUAAUGUAGUUCCGUAUCGAUUGUUGACAUCGCUUUUUGAAAAACCCCAAAUUGGGCCGGUUAUUUUGGACCACAUUUUAUACGAAGUAUUUCGAUCUCUUUACUUAACGUGUCUUCAUCAACAAAAACAAAGAAACGCAAGUGUUAGAUGCGUAUCGUUUAACGGAGACUUAACUAGCUUAAAACAAAGGGAAGAAACGACUUUAACCAAACAAUUUAUUACUAAGUAUUGUCAAGAGUUGGUUAAAAAUGCCAACUUAUUAUUUGCAACGUUACAACCUUAUUACAUUUGGGCGUAUCUCGAGAAAUGUUUUGAAAAGGCAGCUAUAAAUCUAAAGAACGUUACUAGAAAUAAAUUGGCGGUGAAUGAUAUCGGAUCAGGUGAACCAUGUCUCGUAGAAAUUUGUAUUUUAUCGGAAUUUCUGUUAGAUAUAAUUCCUAUUGAAAUUUACGAUGAGAACACGCACGAUAUCUUACCGAGUUUGUUUAUGAAAAUCUUGGUCGUUUUGGAGAGAAACAUUGAAAUUUUAAAUCGAAAUGAGAUCACAACAAGUUUACAGUUAUGUACAAAAAUUUUAAUGAAAAUUCAGCCAAUUACAGUAAAACAACCUCUCAUAAAACCAGAAGUUGAUGUUAAGCUAGUAGAAGAAAUACAUGCAGACAGUGUUGAUUCAUCAACAACUUCAGAAAAAGAUAAAGAAAUAAAACCGGGUUUAGAAAAAAGUAAAUCUGAUUCGAAAAUAAAUGAAAAUCUAAACAAAAACGAAUUAAGCGUUGAGGAUAAAGCGCGCGAACGAUCGAACAGCAAUCAAAUGUCCAAGAAAAAAGAUAAAAACAGUCCGAAAAUAGAUAAAAAAUCUAAAAACAAAAAAUCGAAAUCUAGCUCGAAAUUAUACGAAUUAAAAAAAGACGAAGAUGAAGAAAAAUCCUCUGAAAACGUCCUCGAAUUUGUGGAAAACGUUUUAGUUGUCGAACAACAACUUCCAGAAACACCAACAAUUGAAAAUAAUAUUAAAUUCGAAAAUAAACACAUUAUUUCUUGUUGGCAAAUCUAUAAAGAUUUUUUCGUCACGUUCAUUCGCCAUAAAAUCAUAUCUGGAUUGUGCGUCGAAUCGCAUUUUAACACCCUAAUUUGCGACAAAGAAAACCGCACCAAACACCUUGAAGCGAUUUUAACGAAAUGCUUAGAAUCCUACACUUCAAUGAAUCGUCACGAUUUUUCAUGCACCUCCACCGAAGUUGAAUAUAAAUACGACAACUUAAGCAAUGGGUCUGAAUACGACGAAGCGAUGACGGUUGCGUGUAAUAUUUUAUUGGAAUUCGCGGCUUUUCCAAAUAUGUUGAAUAAUGCAGAGCAAGAAACCAACAUUCCUUUUUGGUUGAAAGUGUUGAUCGCUAGCGCAUGUACUAGAAAAGCUUGUAAAGAUGUUCAGUUAAUCGCUAUGAACGCUUUAUUGGAGAUUUUUAGUUUGGCAAAGAGUCAACAUUAUCAAAAGAAACAAGAAGAAGGAAAUACUAAUGUUAUUAUUACCGGUAUUUUGGAAAGUGCACAUGUUAAUUAUAUUGAAGAAAAUACGUUGGUGCUAAAGGUCAUGUGUGAAAUAUUAUGGUGGUUAUUAGGAACCCUUUCAAACCAAAACCAAAUCAUGCUGUGUGUAACAUUACUUUAUCAAUUACACAACAUUUUCAAUAAAAAAUCAAUCGUCGAAGAUGUAAUAGGUCAUUAUUUAAUUGAUGAAAAUUUAAACACAGAACAUUUAAAAAAAUUCACGCUGCUUCUUCAUCUUGGUAGAGAUUUAAACAUAAAACUUCCAGCUUAUCAAUGUACAGUUCGAAAUUUUGAUAAGUGUCUUCUGAAAAUUUUUGAUAACUUACAAAACACAGAAAACGCCAACAUAAAAUUAUUAGCUGAAACAUUUUUGACUCACAGUUUAUUAAGAAACGAUAUGGCACGAAUUUUAAACCCAAUUUUAUUGAAAUUGUUGGCUCCAAGUACGUCUCGAAUUUCAAUACAAAAAAUUAGCAUACAAGACUCAGAAUUACAAGCAAAUAACGGCGAUAAAGAUUCAAAUAAAAUUGAUGAUGCUAAAGCGAAAAAAAUUUUUGCGAUAAGUAACGUAAACGGGAACGUAAUGUAUCAUGUAACGGACACGCCAAGUCCGAAACCACAAAAACGAAAAUGGUACUUAUUUAAUAAAGGAUUUAAAAAAUAUAAUCAAGUUAUAAAUACAACAACUUCAAUAUCAGAAAAUUCUAGUGUUAUCACAAAGAAAAGUAAAGAAUAUAAGCAUUUUGAAGUUACUUCAGUGUCAGAUAAAAAUAGAAAUAACGUUAAAUUGUUUAUAAAUCCUUUAAGUUCCAAAGAAAUUUAUCCCAAUGGAAUUGAUGGAUCUUACGUUCAACUUGAUCCACACAAUUCACAAGAAUCCUCAAAUGAAAGCUUGUCAAGUCCUGAUUUAACCCAAUCUAGUAAUGAAGAUUCUUUAUUAAGCAAACAAUAUGAACACCAAACAUCUCGAACGAGCGAAUCAAGUAAAAAUAUUUUAGAACAUAUUGAAACAAUUUCCAAUGGUGUUAAAGAUUCAAAACCGACAAACAAAUUAUCAAAAUCACAAAGUUUUGAUGAAAAAGCUAAUGAGAAAUUAGUUGAAAUUGAAAACUUAUCCUUAGUUCAUAGUUGGUCUUAUAGCAUAUCAGAUUCAGAUAAUUUAAACGCCGAAUUAGAAAUGAGUACUUCAGCUGAAGAUUUCUUUAAGGAUUCUGAUAAUAAAGUUGUGAAAGAUGUUUUAAAUGAGAUAUUAAUUAAAGUUUGUGGUGAAGAAGAAGAAAUUUGUGAUUCUCCCAAUACAAGGAGAUCUUUUGAUGCUGAGAUAAGAAACAGUGAUUGUUACAAAAAUGUUUGUUUAUAUCCCAUGCAUCAACAUAUGUGCUUAUAUUGCGAAAUAUUUGACCUAAAUCAUAUUUUAUACGCACUAAAAACUUUAAAAAAUUGCCUCGUCGCAAAUCCACAACUUUUUAUUAAAUGUUUAGCAACAACUGGUUUAAAAGAUUUAAACAACAACGAAAUUUUAAUAUUACUAGCACGUCAUUAUAAAUCUACACUAGGUUUAAAUUUUUCUGGUGAUUUAAAUCAAGAAUAUUUAAAUACUUAUAGAGGCUACAUGUUUUUGGAUGUUGUUAUAAUAAUUUGUUUAAAUUAUGCGAGAUCUUUCUUUUGGGAUCCAAUUAUUAGCGAAGAAGAAAUUUAUAAUAAUUUACAAAUUCAAUUAAAAAGUUUAGAAAUUUUAGAUUUAAUUGUAAAAAACUUGAUUACUAUUGUGAGCGAAAACAGGAAAGGUUUUGCUGUUUACAUAGCUGAUAUGUUAUUGAAAUGUAAAUUACAAGGAGUUGUUCUACAUUGUUUACUUACAUCCGUAAGAAAUUUUGAUAAAGAAAUGACAUUUGCGGAAGAAGUACUUUUAUUUAAUAAUUUUAAGUUAUACGAUUCACAUAAAAAAGUUUCUGAACACGUCGAAGCAUUUCAAAUUCAACUAUUAAGAUUAAUCCAAUCGUUAAUUAUACUUGAAUAUCAAGUAUUCUCCAUGCACGAGGCCGCUGCUAAUAUCCAACAAACUAUUGUACCAAAUUCUGGAGAUAAUUCAACUUAUUCCCCAACGAUUUUAAUUCCACAACAAAAUAUGUUUUUGUCGGCAGUUUUAAGUGCUCUUAGACAUAAAAAUAUGAAGAAUUUACAUCAAAAUUGGUGCAAUAUGAUCACAUCUUGCCUUCCAUAUUUUGGCGAUAAUCUAAAACAAAUUUGCACCAGCGUUAUACACAAUAUUUGUAACAACAUAGAAAUUAUCGCCGACACUUACAAAAAUACAGAAUUACCCGGAGAAUUAAGCGCCGAUUACGCAACAACCCAAUUAGAAUCUCUAACCAUCUUGUGUCAUUAUUGUUUAUUGGAUUCUUCGCAAACCGUUAACCAAAACAUCCCCGCAAACAUGAAUACACAAGUUACGAAUUCAUCGGAAAUAUUCAAUAAUUUAAUGAACGUUUUCUUUUCGCCGAUCGGACUCGAUAGUACUUUUAGUAAACAAAACACCGAUUCUUAUCAAAACGUAAGAAAAGUUAUUCUAAGUCAUAUGCCAAGAAUUAUUGCAAGCGUCGCUAAAUUAUGGCAAACAAUUGUUGGUAUUGAAGGAAAUUAUUAUGGAAUUUAUGGAAAUUCUAAAGUUGUUAGACAACAGUUAAUGGAAUUUUUAAGUCCUAUUUCUAUUCAUCAUAGUGCUAGUUUUUUGGCUGCGGUUGCUGUUGCUUGGCAUGAAAGGCGAAAUCCAUUUUCUAACGUUAAAACUAUUUUAGUUGAACCAAAUUCAAGCCAAAAUAACUUGGUUUAUUUAAUAUCUGCGAUACGUGUGAUUCCAUUAGAUAAUCUCGUUCAGACUGUUAUAGCCGUGAUAAAAAACCCUCCGCCCAUUGAAGGACUCAGUUCAGAUGUUUUAUUGGACGUGUGUGUUUUAGAAUUAUUUUAUUGUUAUAUGAGAAAUGCUUCCACAACGCAAUUAUCUGAAGCUUGGGGUUCCUUAUUAACAUUAAUUAGAGAAGGUUGUUCGUUGGGUCCACAAUCGCAAUUUUUAGUGGCCGCUAUUCUAAAUGAAAUUAUGAUUAAGUGUUGUCCGUUAGAAGAACGUAAAGAUCAAAAAGAUUUGCAAGAUGUCACAGCGAAACUAAUUGAAUGCGUUUCACAAGUUUGUGGUUCAUGUUUAGAACAAACAACGUGGUUAAGAAGAAAUUUAGCGGUUCGUGAACAAGAUGAAGAUAGUAUAUCAUCAGUAAGCGUUGUAACAACGAGUAAUUCAGAUAUUUUAAUGGGACUUAAUAACAAUUAUAGUGUUCAAGCACAAUUAGUUUUAUCAGAAAUAUUAGCUCCAAUUUUAGAUAUUUGUUUUGGUUCGUCAGAAAAAGAUAAAGUAAACACAAUUUUAACGUCACUAAUGUGCAAUAUAGUUCCGUACCUGAAAACGCACACUGUCCGUAACAUGCCUAGUUUUAACGCGUGCUCCAAGCUUUUAUCGAGUCUCAGCAGUUACCAAUAUACAAGGAAAGCGUGGAAAAAAGACGUUUUUGAUCUCGUUUUAGACAAUAAUUUAUUUCAAAUGGAUUAUUCUUGUUUGAAAUAUUGGAAGAUUAUCGUUGAUCAUUUAAUGACUCACGAUAACACAACGUUUAAAGAUUUAAUGAGUCGCGUAUCGAUGACACAAAGUGGAAGCUUGAGCUUAUUUUCUUCGAGAGAACAAGAACUUGAACAGCGAGCGCAACUUCUUAAAAGAUUGGCUUUUGUGAUAUUUUGUAGUGAAACGGAUCAAUAUGCAAAAUAUAUGCCAGAUAUACAAGAACAAUUAACAAGCAGUUUAAGAUUAAACGUCCCGAAUGUACAAGCCCAAGUAUUUCUUUGCUUUAGAGUUUUAUUACUUAGAAUGUCACCUCUUCAAAUUACUUCAUUAUGGCCCAUAAUUAUUAGCGAGAUGUUACAGGUUUUUAUACAGAUUGAGCAACAACUUAGCACGGAAACUGAUGAAUUUAGGAAUAAUACCAGUUCACACCUAAAACUUCUCUCUACAUUAGACCCAAGUUGGGCUACAAACUCCAACAAUGGUUUACACGCAUUUGGAAACCCACACUGGUUACAACUACAAUUAUCAACAGCAAAAUUAUUAGAUUUAACACUUUUAUUACCCGCAACAGCAUUACCUCAAUUUCAAAUGUAUCGUUGGGCUUUUGUAGAAGACGAUAUAUCUCAAGUAACACACCAAGGCGAUGGUAGAAAAUCAAAUUUCACGCCACACGUAACAAGAAUAUCGAAUUUAAUGGAUGAGAAAUUUAAAGAUUUGCCCAUAGAGACCAUGCCUACAAAACAAAACGAGUUAUUAUUAACGGUAAAUAAUAUCACCCAAUUAAAAGAGUUGCAUCCGUUCUUUAAGACGCUCAGUUUGUGCUCGAAUCGCCAUCGGACCGAUUGUAACGGAAUCAUUUGCAUGGAACAAUGGACAAAUAAGACUGAGCACAAAAAAAUGCAGAGUAUUUUGGAAAAAAUCGAUCGCAUUAUCGAAAAUGACUUUUUAGAUAAAAUACCUCGAUAAAUAAGUAUCUAAUAUGAAUUUGUUGUUGUUUCGAUGGUGUUUUUGUAUGAGAUGAAUUGAUAUUAAGUGAAAGAAUUUUUCAAAAUUAUUUAAGAAAUGUUUUUAAAGAUUUUAAUUAAGUAGAUGGAAAAUAUUCUGGAAUCACCAAGUAGACUUCUGAUAAACCGACAUGUUUGGGACUUUACUGGUGCUAGAUUACUAGAAAUACCGGAUUAUUGGGCGAGAUUUCCCACAAUUAUAAAAUGAUAAGACAUAUAGCAGUUACAUUGUCAAGAUGACGUUUUGUGGCUAAUAUGGAUUGAAGAAAUAAGAAUUUGCAAACUCGAAGAAAAGUUGAAAUCGAAUGUAUUUUAUAUUCCAGAGUAUAGCAUCAUUAAUUAACAACAAAAGGUUAAAAAAAUCACUGAUGUUCUUUUGCUUCCUUAAAUCUAUAAUCUAAAUUAAUAAUUUUAACUAGAGUUUGUUUCAGCAAAUAUUAUAAACUUCGAUGGUGCGUCGGUCGCCUCUUUCCAGCUGAUUUGCACCAUUCCUACGUCCGAAUUUUGCUCUUCAACAUUCACUGUUUUAGGAUCAAUAACACUUUGUAGAAUAACUUCAUCCGUUAGUUCUUGCUCAGUUGGUUCGUUCUUAUCAAUUUCUGCAGAUUCCUCUUCAGGUAUAUUUUGAUAUUGUCUUUAACCUAGAUUUAAAGAUCCACCAGUUUCGACGACUGCGUUUGGUCUUAGCUUCCUCCAACAGCAUUGUAAAGUGACUUCUUUUACUAGAGAUUAAGAAACUAUGCUAGCAUAUAUGGCAUGUUUGACAUUAUAUCUCUGUUAAAAGUCAGUCCGUCAUAAUCAGACUUUAAUAUGUCCUGAAGAAAGGAUCUUCUAUAAAAACAUUUAAUGUUGGAAAUGUGUGGAAGAAAUAGUUGAUUGGAUCAAUGAGGUAAAAUUUGGAGGCAAAAAUGUUGCAAAUAUGUUGUCAGAAAAAAACUCUGUUAUUGGUGAAGGUAUCCAAGAAGAGGAGGGCUUUGCUGUCUUCUGGCAGUUUAAGUUUUUUGAAGUUAUUCUCGACCUGUGGGACAAAGUAGUGUAAAAACCUAUCUUUAAAUACUCUGUAGUCUAUACCACCAGAAGUGAGAGUGACUCAUCGCGUGAAAACGUAUGAACACACGUCAACUUAUUGGCGUUAUCUGUACCGUAUUCGUGGGCAUUUCAUUGGGCAUCGUAAAGAACAGACAGAGAUAUAAUUUUUUUUAAAAGUCAUGUUAGUCUUUGUUGUUCUUAAAACUCUUAAGGUGCUUUUUGUGCGAGAGAGAUUGGGAGAUUUGGUUAAACGGAAAUUCGUCGAAUUGGCUGAUAACGAUCACGUGACGUCGGUACGUUUGGGAUAAAUCUCCGUUUCUCCAAAUACCCGAAAGUUGGUUGAAGUUUAUGUUUUGCCGGUAAAAUGUACUCUGCUACAUAACCUUACCUAACCACAGGAACGCCGUAUCACCAAAAAACCCUGCACAGUAAAUAGGUUUCGUUACAGUGUCAAAUCUCUCAAUACCGACUUUAUAUCGAUCUAUAGAUCUCUAUAUCAAAUCUUUAAUUAUUUUUCUUUAAAUUUUUUUGUCUUGUUACUGGCUUCUCUUCGGCACGUUUUGCACUAAAACAUUUAUUUAUACAAGAUGCUGUCCAGUUGUUCCAGCUUAGGUUUUUCAAGAGUUUGCCUAGAAACAACUUUUUAGAUACAAAUUAGGAAACAAAAUGCGGUUAUCUUUUUUUUUUUAAUGUCAUAAAUAGGUGAUGACUGAUGACAGUGAUGACCCAAUAUUAAAUUCAUUCAUCAAAACAUUUCUGAUUAAUGGUGAACUUAUUUUUUUUUCUGUCCAGACUUUUUAUUACUUGGCAUUUUAGAAAACAUGAUAAACGAAAACUCACAAAUCAGUACAAUGUACACGCAACACUUUAACUUUUUUACUUCAAUUUAUUCAAUACAAUACACAAUUAAUUAAACAGCAAUACAUAAAAAAAAUGGCACUCUUCGCUACGCAGCAAUCAGCUUGAGCAAACAACCUUAAAGAAAGUGCUGGAUUAUGUGGGCUAUUGGAUGCCGAAUUAACGGAAGUCAACUGUAUAUCAUAGAUGUAACAAAUUACUUUUAACACUAUACAAAUCUUUACAAACAUUUAAAACCUACUUAUUUCAAAAAUUCUUUCACUUAAUUUUAAUUUAUUAAUACAAUUUGAAUUUUUGCAAAUUGCAUUGGGUUUGUAAAUCAGUAUCUUUAUAAAAGUAAUUAAACAAAAAAAAAGUAAUUAUAUGGUUGUUCUUGUGCUGAUAAAAAUGUAAAGGUAAAUCAGUAUUAAGAUGCAUUUGCGUAAUGUGUAUCAAUGUUCAAUUAAAAUUUCAUUUAUUAUUACAGCUUAUUACAAGCGAUUAUUUAUAAUUUCUUUUUGAAGUAACUAUUUAUAGUGGCUAUUUAGACAAGAACGUAGAAAAAGUAAAAUCGUUGUUCUUUCACAAAAGAUAAAAUCACCAUGCUUAAAAUGUAGAUAACUUGAAGAUCUUUUAAAGAAAAUUUGAAGCACAAUAAUAUGUAGGUUGUAUUAUAAAAUCUUUUUCUGCAGUCUUUUGUGAAAGUUCAAUAUUAAUAUAAGAAUGCAAUUUACUUUUAAGGUACUUUGUUGUGUUGAUAUUCCCAUGUUUUCCUCUCAUAAAAAGAUUGAUUUAAUGUUAUUUAUCUACGUUGAUUUUAAAUAUUAUUUAGCGUUUUUUAAGUUGCAUACCGCUCUGUAAAUAAUGUAAAGGCAUUUAAGAAGGAAUUUGAGAAAAGAAAAUGUGAUUACAAUUGUGAUGCAUAUGACAAAGGCAAUUUAAUUGUCUACAUUAGAAAAAAAUGAAGAAAUGUAUUAUAUUAUCUUUAUGUAAUAUUUUCUUUAAUUACACUUUGCUAAAAUACUAUUA